AUGAAAAUGAUCAAAUCGUUUGUUGAUACACAAGCUCAAAUGAUAUCGAACAUAGUCGAUGAAAAACCGAUUGUUCAACAGCAAGAACGAGCCGAAUUACGACAUCGUCUACGUGACACACAAGCAUUUGAUUACAAUUCAAGAUUAGGACGAUUUGCAUGGACUCAAAUAAAUGAAAAUUGUCCACUACCAAUCAUAUUUAGGGGUGUCAAUAGUAGUAAAGAAGAGUAUCUAUGUGUUCAAAUGUUACGACAGAAAAUAUUUUCUUAUUAUCCUCAACAAAUAUUUGAUUAUUGUGUACAACAUUAUCCUAUUCGGUUUUACUCAAUUACUCCUCAUGAAGCUGAAUUGCUAAAUAAAAUUAAUUCUUGGCAUUCGAAUGCCGCUUUUGGUAAUCAACUUUAUACGACAACAGAUCAGAUAACACAAUUAUCAUCAUUUAAGAUAUUUUAUGAUCUUCUUAGGACGACAGUGCUAACGUCUAAUCAACCGAUUCGUCCUCAACCAACAAGUACGCCUGUUCCUCGAAUACCUGUAGCUCCAUUAUCGACAAAACCGUCAACUUUCUUUGGCUAUUGGGCAUCCAGCUCUUUGCCAUCGUUGCAUCAACGGCAACAAUCCAAACAUAAUCGUCUUAUUGCACCAAAAACACAUAGAUCACAAACUCAAAUGUCAGAUGAUCAACAUAUAAAACGUCCUUCCGUUAUAUUUCUGACAAAAAAUCAAAAAAAUAUGGAAAAAAAAGGAGCAACAUUAAUAUUACCGACAACAGUUCAUCAAGUAUCAAAAUCAGGAGAAAAUCAACCGUCAUCGAAAUCAAUUAUAACAUCUCACAAUGCUGUUACAAAACGUCCUCCAUUAUCGCGUCCAUUGUCGUCGUCAUCAUCAACCAACAGUGGUUUCCAUCGUUAUAUCUCAUUUCAUGGUGAACAAAUGUUGUGCUAUUAUACAUCUCAAAGUGGUAGCAACACACCGAUCAAAUCGUGUCGAUGUCUUGCACUACAGGACAUCAUAAGACUGUUUUUCCCAAAAUCAAACAUCGAGAGACUAAUUCAAUUGUGUCGACUAAAAGAUAUAACAAGAUAUAAACCAGAAAAAACAACUGAUGUCGAUUCCUGUUUAAGACUAGUCAACAUAGAAGAUUUACAAAAACACUGGAGCUUUUUAACCAAAGAACUAGGGGGAGCGACACAAAACAAAACAGAACACAGUAUUAUGUGUUUAGAUCCAUCAAAGACUUCAUCUGCUUCUGGUUUGCUAACUUCGAACAAAAUAAUCAUCAAUAAUCCUCCCGUUAAGACGAAUACAGUACCACUAAAAGACACUUGCCGGAACAAUUUAUCAAGUAAGUCUUCCACAAUCAACGAAAUACAAAAUUAUUCACAUGAUCUUAAUACAACACCAUCGGCAUUGAUAAAUCCAACUGCUGAAGAAAUAGUUCUAUCGAUUGAUAAACAAUCGGUAACAACAAUGGAGGAGGGUGAAAUCCAAAUUCCAUUGGAAAAUAACAAUGAAAUAGAAACAUCUUCUCUGCCAGAGAAAAACGAGAUACUGAAAACCAACGAUCCUGUUCUCUCAUCUCAAAUUCCUGAAAUAUCACUGCAACCAUUAAAUAUUGAAGAUAGGCCAGAACCAGUUAUAGAAAAUACUGAGCUACCCCCUUCGUCUAAUAAGAUUCAAGAAGAUGAAUUAGAUCUGGAAGAUCUUUCAAAAGACAAUGUUUGUCCUCCGAUGAAUGACAUUGUAUCAUCGACUAACUCAAUUAUCGAACAAGAACCGUCGACUAUCGAAGACAGUCUCGUCUUAUCUCGGCAUAGUUCAACAUUACCACUUGAAGAAUUAACUGCAAUACAGCCUUUAUUAGAUGUUCCCUUAGUACCUGAUCAAAUUAUAACAUUAGCACAAAAUAAACUGGUACCGUCAGAUGUCCAACCAGAAAUCAGUGAUUCAGCUACGGAGCAAUCAUCACCCUCAGUGGUGAACUUAUCAUCUCACAUUGAUGUACCAGUCGUUCAAGAUGUAUCCAGUUCAAGAGCGGAUAAUCCUCAAAUGGAAGUGUUUGAAGAGUUUAUAGUACCUGCUCAAACUGUUGAGCAACAUGUCGAAUCUGAUGAAAUAAUGAGAACAGCAACAAUUGAUUUUAGAGAGGUACAGAAUUUAGAACCAAAGCUGACUUCAGCCACGUUUAAUGAUGAGAAUGAAGUUAAAUCCACACCAAAGCGUAAACUAUCCGCAUCAUCAGGAGAAUUAUCAACCGAUUCAAAUAAUAAUAAAACACAUUCUCAAUCAUCAAAACAAGAGCCCGAAAAUGAUAUUAGACUACGUGGCAAAAGGGCAAGGAAAACGAAAACUUCUGAGGAUGCUAGUGCUUUUAACAACAAAAAAAUGCCUUGUCCAUUAACCGCUACAAAAAUAAAACCGAUUAUCACUAGUAGAACAUUGCGUAAACGAACGUACACAAAGAAUAUGUGUAAAUCUACUGUGGCCAAACCGAUAAAACAAUAUCCUCUUCGUGAUAAAUGCCCAAAGAGCAAUCACAAUGUUCCAAAUUGGACAAAGCAGUUUCAUAUUAAAUCGUGUACUGUUGUAUUGGACCAUUUUGAUCCUAUGGCAUACGAUUUAUAA